CGCGGGAGGAAGGCCCGGGAGUAGCCUCCAGGUCGCUGCGGUGCGGGAGGAGCGGGUCGGGGCCGCCACGCACGCCCCUCCUCCGAUCUCUGGACGCGCGUGGGUUGGCAGCCUCCGUGCUGGGUCCUCACAAGGGGGUGGCGGCGGGGAAGGAGAGUCGUGGAGACAACUCGGGUGACACUCCACGAGGGACCCCUGCGGCGGUGACUGGAACAAGAAGGUUUAUAUGGGAAGGACAUUGGAGUGAGCAUCUUCUCUGUUUCCAGCUGGCUUUUCUGAUCCACCCCACCAUUUAAAACCUGGAGGCACUGGACUACACGAAGCCUUGCUGAUUUCAGGAAAGAAUCAUCAUCAAAGAUGUCCAGCAAGACGGCAAGUACCAACAGCAUAGCGCAAGCUAGGAGAACUGUGCAGCAGCUGAGGUUGGAAGCCUCCAUCGAGAGAAUAAAGGUCUCAAAAGCAUCUGCAGACCUGAUGUCAUACUGUGAGGAGCAUGCCCGGAGUGACCCUCUGCUGAUGGGUAUACCGACCUCAGAAAACCCGUUCAAGGAUAAGAAGACCUGCAUCAUCUUAUAGUGGACCAGGAAGCACCCCUUGCCUCCUAAUGCAAACCACAGCAGCAACCUGAAGAGUUUCCUUCGGCUUACCUGGUAACCACAGCUAGUAACUAAAACACCCUUCUCUUGGAGUAAUAGACCCUGAAGUCUCUCUUUUUCAAGUUGUCCUUUCUUUGCCCUUUACUGAUUUAAUACAGAAUAACAAUCUCAUUUUCUAUUUGAUAACUAUGGUAUCAUAUUGGGUUACUGUAUAAGGAAAGUAGCAGGGGAGUUGUGGAAAGCUUGUCUUUACAAUAUAUAAUUGAUUAAGAUGUGUCAAGACCUACAUUGUCUAAACACCGGCAAAUUAAAAUGUCAAGAAUCACUUCAGUCAAAAACCUUUAUAUUCUGUUUUAAUAAGAUUUGUGCCAAUCUAUAUCCCAUGUAAGGGAUCUGGGGAGGUGUCCUGUGUCUACAACCAUAUCUUUUUGCACUAUGGGUACUAACCACCCUGAAACUUACUGCGGUAGCAUCUGCCCUUCAGAGUUAUAGCAUUAUCCUGACUCUGUGUAGGUAGAAUAACAGAUUCUUUCCGUGUAAUUUUUGUACAAAAAAAAAAAGGUAAUGAAAGAAUGUUGCAAAGAUCAUCUGCAUUAUAAUGAGCUGAUGUUGUUCUCUUCCCCUCUUGGAAUUGUGCUGGCCCCUUAGUGUACAAUAAACUGUGCAGUUAAAAACCUAAGGCUAAAAUGGAAAGCCCUUUGAUGGGGUCUUAAUUCAUAUCAGUCAUUUGGGCUUCUGUGAUCCUGAGGCUAAGAAAGGGGAAGAGACCCCCCCCCCCCCCGGAGGACCCUGGGCAGCUAACACUCCAGGGCUCUUGAUCUCUGCUGGAUUGGGGGUGGCCACCUCAGAAACUUCCACCCUCAUGAUUGGAAGGGAAGGAUGAACUGAGAGCCUCAGAGGAGAGGGGAGCAGAAAUCUGUGAAAACAGCUGCUCUCCUGGGCAGGGCUUUCCAGGCAGCCCUCUCCCUUUCUCCUCACCAGCAUGGUACCUGGCCUUGCUGCUGGGGCAACUGUUUUCAGAGGGACAUUCCCUCCUUCCCAGUUUUAACGGGGUGGACCACAGUGGGGGAAAAACACUCAAGCAAUAUAAAGACAUCUGAACUCUCUGCAGAUGCCUGCAGUUUCAACACUAAUGUGUUCACAAACCACUCUGGGCCCUUGGGGUCUUGCAUUCUGUAGAACAGUCCGCCAUCUAGCAGUAGGGGAUUGGAGUCCUCACUUUUACUCCGAUCAUGAAAAUAGCCCACAUUCCCUCACGGUGUCCACUAGGGAUCCCAGAAGCACAUAACUUACCAUGACCAAGAAGGGAUUUUGACUUUGUCAUAGUGACUAUUUAAAACAAUCAAUUAGAAGCCCAAGCCAAACACAAAGCCUGUGAUACUUUAGUUUAUUAAGGUAACUACUAAUGAAGGAUUUUAAAAAGUGUUCUCAAAAAGGACUUACCCCAGUAAUUGUUUAUCAAAUUUCUCCCACUUUUAUACAGUGUGCACUAAAAGAAAAUGCAUUUUACUAUCUAAUGCCUGGGCUUUGAGCAACCUGCUUCUUGAUGGUAAACAUGCAGUACUAUUCCUAAGUGACUCAGAGGCAUCAGAAUCUCUCAAGGUCCCCGUCUGCUCAGCACUCGGAACUGAGUGCCACGGCACUGCCCACGGUUUUCUCACUGCUUAGCUCCCGUGCAGUUAAAGGCGCCUGUCCAGGGGAGAGAGCACGCUUUACCUUGGAAAGGGAAAGAUGGGCAUGUACACCAAAAAGACAGUUUUUACAUUUAAUGGAACAUUCUCUUUUUUUACAAGUAUAUUUUUCUACUGAUAGUUUCAGAACACUAAUCUUAAAUUCAUUCUAAUCUUAAACGUGUUUCUUUAAAUAUUUAUAAGGCAGUUUAUUACAGAAUUUUUAUGCAAUCAUGUGCACAUUAUUAGUAGCAAACAUAGUAUAUUCUUUAGUACUUAAACAUAUUUUUGUUAAUAUACUUUUAAAGGUAAGAAAUGAACUUGAGGCCCCAGGAGAUUUUGUUGCCUUAUCAUUGAUUAGAGACAAUAAAUGUCUUGUAACUUCCUAACCAGAUCUGAGCUGUGCUCACAAUAAUAGUAAACUCAGAUUCUUUGAUGCUGGACCCAGAAGGGAAAUCAUUAGCCAAGUGUUGACUUACUUGUAACUAGAUGUCUAUGUGAGAAAGUAUAAUAUAUGUAUGCAUAUAUAUGACAUGUAGGAGUCACUUUUAUUUACUGUCUUUGUUCACUUAUGAAGCCCAGCAACUGCAGCAGUAUGUUGGUGAUGCACAGAAGCCCCAUGUGGAGGUUUUUCCCCCACCCUGACAAUUUGGCUUCCUUUCUGUAUGUUCAGUCUGUUGUCUGAACUGACACUCCUGUGAGCACUAUACUCUGAAUACUCUGAUCCCCAUAGUCCAUCUUAAAUUUGUUCAUGGCCCUGGCAAGAUAGAGUACACAAGAUUCCAUGACUCCAGAGCAUUUUGAAGAAACACACAUAUUUUUCAAUAGGGAAAAUACAGCAAGUGGUUCAUAAGCUGUGGGUUGUAGCUAAAUAUUCUGUUUCUUUGAAAUCAUGUUUUUAAAGUCUUUACUAUCUGAAAGAAAGAGUGUCAUACUUACACCUUCAAGGGAAGGCUUGGUCUGCUUUUUCUGUGUUUGGAUCAUUUUUAUACUUUGCUGAUCUUUAAACUAUCCACGAGGGAAACUUUAUACCAACGAGUUAAUAAUUUUCAUUCAUUGUUUACACAAUGUAAGAUGUGUUAAACUGGGGCCAGCAGGACGGCUCAGUGGGUAAAGGGGCCUGAUGCCACGCCCAGCAGCCUGUGUUUGAUCUUCAGGAUGCACAGUGUAAAAGAAAAGAACUGAUGGAAUCCCUCAGGUUGUCGUCUGACCUCUACACACACACACACACACACACACACACACUAAAAUAACAUUUAAAGAUAUGUGCCAAAUUAUAUUUGUUCAGGUGCCACCCUCUACCAGCUUACCACUAAGGUAGAACUGUCAGACUCAUCACCUUGAAUUUGUAUUAAAAGUGUGUCCAUGCACAGGCCCAAGAGUCACCUCCAAUGAAAUAAAUGUAAUACUGAAGUAUGCUAUGAGGUUUGUUGUUUUCUUUCAUCGUAAGCCUGUUAGGAGGAGGAAUUCAUCAACAUAGAAUAGACUAGAGCACUUUCCAGGUUGAUGGCCUGGUCAGUCCUGUGUGGGUGACUCGGGACCAGGCACGCCGGCUCUCUGGGCCUCCCCUUCCCCUUUUGUCACAAGGGCCUGGACACAAUCCUCCCUAUUCCCAGAAGCCUGGGUUGAACGACCUGCCUCUCUGCCGGUCCUGCCACUGUGUUGGUGCUAUAAGCUGCUUCAAAUACCGGCUUGUCUGUGGAGUAUGCUCACCUAAUCGCUUGUCACUCAGUGCCUGUUCUGGGUUUAUGGACUUACGAUUUCUGUGAUGUUUCAUUUUUAGCCAUGUUAACUCCUAACACACACUCUUCUUGUGUCUCAGUAAAGUUUCAUUUGAUAAGUUGUUGAGAUUUUGUCAUUUGAUAAUAUCCUUUGGCUAUUCAUCCAGCAUCUUAAUCACUUUAAAACUGUGAUUGUUACUUGGAACUCUGGUCUUUGGAAAGAAUAAAAGCAUUUUUUCACUUGCUAACAUGCGCACGUAUGUGAGAAGAGUCAUUCAAAGCCUUACUCACUGGGUCAGUGCGUCACUGACUCCUUCCUGUGUUUUGCCCAAUAAAUUAAUAAAAGAC